AUGUUCUCUGCCCGCCGGGCGUCGUCGGCGCCCGCGCGCCAGACGCCUCGAGUAUUCGGCUGUGCCGUGGUGCGCUUCGAGCUCGCUGCCCUGAAUUGGCGGGCCAUGCGCGGCGGUGGGCGGGACUCGGCCGGCGGCCGGCGCCGCCGCCGCCCUCCUCCGCCUGCUGCCGCUGCGGCCGCCGCCGCCGCCGCGGCCGGCAGCGCCGCCCCGCGGCCUUCUCCAGCGCUGUCAGCCAACGGCUCUCUCGCGCACGACUGGUUCGAGGACCCGCACGCCAACUUCCCCCGCAGCCAGCUCAAGUACGUGCGGGAGCUGGGCCGCGGCUGGUUCGGGCGGGUGAGUAAGCGCUUAGCGUGGGCGAGGAGACCGUUUAUGGACGACCUAAGACCAUUGUUGGGGUCUGUGCAAUGGGGACGUGUGGCCGCGGCGCUGUGCGAUGAGAAUGAUGGUGGGGCUGUGUGUGCGCAGGCAGUGGAAGGCGAGGCGCGCGGCGUGGCGCCGGGGCAGGCCACGACACGCGUCGUCGUGAAGAUUCUGCACGAGGACGCCACCCCCACCGACCACAUGUUCUUCCUGCACGAGGCGCGGCCCUACCGCGACCUGCGCCACCCCAACGUGCUGCGCCUGGUCGGCCGCUGCCUCGAAACCGACCCCUUCCUUGUCGUCCUCGAGGCGUGCACCAGCGGGGAUCUAAAGAGUUUUCUAUCUCAGAACAUCUCAACCGCUGAAGCACUGAGUCAGCAGGGUGUUACUCUUCUAAUGUGCUGUCAAGUAGCUGCAGGAUUACAAUUCAUGCACCAACAUGGGUUCGUGCACACUGACCUGGCUGCCAGGAAUUGUUUGGUCACUUCUGAUCUCACUGUAAAAAUUGGAGAUUAUGGAAUCAGUAUAGACACUUUCAAGGAGGACUACUAUUGCACCAGUGAUGUGGCCUUACCCAUAAGAUGGUGUGCCCCAGAGACAUUGCAUUGUACAGAUACUACCAUUGAGACAAAAGAAGUUACUCCAUGUGCUAAUGUUUGGAGUCUCGGGGUAGUACUCUGGGAAAUAUGUGAGUUUGGAAAGUUGCCAUAUGAGGAUCUCUCAGAUGAUGAAGUGAUAGUGAAAGUGUUGGUGGAGGUUUCAAAAUGUUUACCUCUGCCAUCCAGAUCUUGCCCCCAUCGACACAACUUGUAUCACUUAAUGAAAUUGUGCUGGUGCCAAGCAACAGAAAGGCCAGCAUUACCUCAAGUUCUUGCUAUGCUAAAUCACUUGUAUGGAAAUCGUGAAUUUGCCAGUAUAGAUAACGAGACAUGUAGUUCACAAGCUGAUGAAGAUUUUGAACGCCGGUGGGAAACAUUUAAACCAAACUCCAUCCCAGUAACUGACAACCAUGUCACAGCCACUAGCACAGACGUGCAUCGUCCAUCUUCCCUCCUGGGAUCGGACCUUACUGAUGUGGUCCCUCCUGUUUUAGUCACCAGUAACUUGGCUUCUGAAAUGAAUGUUCUUAAUCAAGGACUACAAAAAUCGUCCACUCAGCCGAGCCAUGAAAUCCAUUUGACUCCCCAGGAAACACCCUUCCUGAUGUCAGACUCAUCGCCUCUUACAACUUCUCCACAACCCUCUCUUACUAGUAGCUCUGGUGGAGAAAUAUUCCUCCCGUCCUUGCAACAGAGGCACAAAUCACCAAGUCUGCAAAAUCUGAGGGGCUCUCUGGAUGAUCUUAGUGACUGCAAUGGUCAGAUACACAUAGAAGAAGAUGAAUUUGUUAAACAUGAAGUUAUCAAUGAAGAAGAAAGUAGAAAUGAAGACUUGCCAGAAGAUAAUAAGUCCAAGACUAAUAACGCAAAUGAAACCUCAGUGGAACCAGUUGCCCUAGAACCAGACUUUGACUCGUGGUUGCAAGGAGUAGAAACUACUGAUGAAGAAGAUGCCAAAUUUGUGAGGAAAAUUUCUGAAGCUAUUAGAGACCUGGAUAACGCAUUAGCUUUGGAAAAGACCUCUUCUUCAUCAUCCUCUCCUGCAUCUAGUAAAUCAGGUUCUCAUCACCAAAGUCCUAGUAAAGAUGUUGCACCCAUAGCUUCUAAUGAAAACGUAGUUUUAGACUUUCGGCUUGGGCCUACUGAAUUGCAAAAUGAUAGAUUCGGGUCCAAAAGUGUUUCUUUAGUUCAACCAGAUAGCUUGCUUGAUGAUAGUCUGGUGGAGAAAUCCAGUCGAGAUGCCAACAAUAGAGCCACUGAUUCUGGCACAGACACAGAAGAUGAAACCUGGAGAAAAAGAAUUGAAUGUGGUGAAUUUACUGCCAAAGUUAAGGAGAAAUCAAAAAGUGUUGCUGAUCUAAUGGUGCUUACACAUAUUGAUUGUAGUGAUGGAAGUGAUUCAGAACCUCCAUCAUUGACUUGGACAUUUGACAGAGGUUCAAAUAGUCGCAAUUCAUUCUCUAAACAGCGUAGGGGCUCUUCUUUUAAAGGAGGCAACCUAAAUACAAAUGCUUUGGCAUUUGCCAGUGAGAGCAAUAUUCAUCAAGCUGUACUCGGUGAAGAAUUUCGAAACACAUUGCAAAAAUUACAUGAAGCUCAAAAAGAUCAGAGGAAUAGGUUAGGUUCUUUGGAUUUGUCUCCUCUUAAUCAUGAAGCAGUUUCAGAAGAAACAUUAACAAAUUCAGCUGAUCCACUUUUGCCAACUUCUAACUUUUUAUGUGAUGCAGAUGACUUUGAGAACAUGGGUCUCAAAAUUGAUUCUCCUACGAAAAAGGAAAACAAUUUUUUAGUGGAUGAUGCCUCGGAUGAUAAUGUUGUAGAAUCAAAAAGUGCAACAAUUAGAACCGAGGCAAAGUCACCUGCAGAUGACAUCACAUCAGAAAGAAAAGUUACUGUUUGUGUUAAUGGUGCUAUAAUGGAACAUGAAGAAGAAGUAUCUAUUGUGGAAUUUGUACAAAAUAAUAAAGAGGAAAACAUAUUACUAACUGAAACAUGUAAUGUUGAGCCUUUGACAGUUUCUCCCCCUAUUAUAACAGACAAUGAAUUAGUCAGUGAAUCAAAUUCUGAUGUAAAAAAAUUAAACAUUGAAACUUGUAGUAAUGUAAGUCAGCCAGUACCUUCUACAAGUGACUUCCAGUCUUGCAAACCUCAAGAAUGCUGCAAUAGUAAUGAAGAUAACACUGAUAAUGUAAGUGUAUCAUUGUUGCCUUCCAAGGAAAGUUCUGCUAAGAAAUGUGAAUCAGAAAUUACAUUUGAUAAUGAAAAAGAAGUAGAUCUCAAUGAAUCUGUCUAUGAGGAGAAGUUUAUUCCUGAAGUGAAAUCAGCAAGCACACCUAAAAAGAUUUCCUUGUUAUCAGAUGUCAACGACUCUUCGAUUGAAGCAUCUUUGAAUAAAAAUGAAUCCAAAAAAGUGGAUUUUGAGGGCAUUCCAGAAACUGCUCAUGAUAUGGAAACAAGUCUGUCUAGCAGCUCUCUAAUUUUAUCAAACUCUGAUUCUCGAGAUGCCACUUUCAAUUCCUCAGAUGCCAAUGUAAAUUCAAACGUAAGUGUGCAAUCGGGUAUUUCAACAGACUCAUUUGAAUUUGUACCUGUCACAAGUUCAGAGCCUAAACCUUGUUCCACUCCAACUGACCCUCUGGAAACAGAGCACAAGGAAGUUUCCAGUGCAACAAACAAUGAAAACAUGUCAAAUAGCAUUUCAGAAGGUUCUGUGAUUCUUGGCCCUUGUGAAGAUUACACUUUAGAUUAUUUUAAAGGCCUUAAAACCAUAUCAAAUGAUGCUGGUCCUUUUUUGAGUGAUGAUUCGGAUCAUGCUGAAAGUGCAAACAUAUCAGAUUCUUCUGAGUCUCCUGAUGAGGAUGAACAUAAUCUUAAUGUAAAUUGUCUAAUAGCUGAAAAUGGUUCUGUUGUACAGUCAGGUCCUAAACAGUGUGCUGACAAAUUUCAACCUAACGAUCUACACAAACCAGAAUCGUGCCAAUCUCUUGAAUCUAAAACUUCCACUCCCGCUGAAGAAAAUGUUAAAGAUAGUUCUAUCAUUAAAACUAGUACUAAUAAUGAAAUAAAUGUUAAUAUGCAAGAAAAUGGUUGUGUGGAGGCUUGUACAUCAAUGACCGUAGCUGAAACAGAAAAAGGAAGAGUUGCAGGUUAUAGAGCAGAAUGUCCAACAUGUGACAAAAAUAGUCCAAGUGUGCAAGCGGACUGUUGCAAAGCAUCUUUGCAUUCAUUUGCACCAGAUAGCUUAGAUAAACAUGUUAGUGAAGUACAGUCUACCUCUACAUUGCUUGUAAAUUCAAAGACCUGUGAUUAUCCAAGUGAAAUUCAUUCAGGAUUAGGUUCCCUUUCAACUGCUGUAAAUGUAUCAGAAAUAAGUUCAGCUGUUUUGAGUAAUGAAUCUGCAAAUGCUCCUGGGUAUUUCUCAAAUGGAAAGGAAGAUAUAUUGUCUAUGGAUCCAGAUAGUUUAAAUGAAGCAAGUGGAGAAAGGGGAUUGGUAGAAGCAUCCAUAGACAGUAUAGAAGCCCUUAAAGAAAAUUCAGUAUUAUAUAUAACAAAUGACUUGGAAGAAAAUUGUGGGCAGGUAGUAGAGGCUGAAACAUCGACCAAUCUCCUCAGUUCUGGCGUUGAAUCUUCCGAAGGGAAAAGUGAAGUCAGCCUCUCAGUUAGCCUUGAGAAUGAAGUUCCUACAGUAGUUGCUAGUACAUUAGGUAGGUCCUCGGAUAGUAACGUAGAAUAUGAUAGCUCAGAUACAUUAGUGAGUUUGGAGCAGAGUAUCCCUGAAAUUGAUCUUCAAGACAAGACUCUUUGUUCAUUUGAUGAUUCUCCAAGUCCAGAACUUCUUGAGGACAAAAAAGCUGCUUCAUUUGCUUUUCUGCAGCAAGAGAUCAAUGCAGAAAAUUUGUAUAGACAGAAACCAGUUAUUAAUAUGUGCACUCUUGAACCUGUUUUUCCUGAAAUUAUUUUGCAAACUAGCAAAGAUAUCUCUGAUAAAGAUUUAAGUUUUGUAGAGAGCAAUGGAAUUCUUCCUGAGAAAACUAGUUAUGAUGAAGGUGUAUCUAAUGUAAAUAGAACCCCAAUCACACAACUAUCAAAUAAAGUAUCUCCAGAAAACAUAAAAGAAAAAAAUUGUGCAUAUGAAAGUGACAAAGAAACUGCUCAGGACAAAGUGCAAGAUUCAGAUAUCAUUUCUGUUGAAAAUUUUGCAAAAACUGUUUGUAUUGGUGUGGAAAAAGAAGUUGCUUCCAAAGAGUCACCAAAAUCAUCAUUGUCAAUUUGCAAAGCUAAUGCAUCCAAAACAACUUCUAAUGAAAUAAAAAGUGAUGUUGAGGCAUCUUGCAAAACAAUUAGUCAUUUCACCAAAGAUGUGCCUUUAGAGGUUGUUCCAAACAUUUAUAAUAAUGAAUUGGAAAGUUCAGAGUCUAAAUAUGCCCCUGUUUUACCAUGUGAAAUUUUUUCGGAGAAAACUAAUAACAUUCUUUCUCAUGAGGAAGGGAAUGUUCCUCAAACUGAACAAUUAUGUUUUAAUGAUAGCACUAAUGAAUUUUUCGAACAGAAGGACAACUUGGAAAAAUGGAAACAAGCAGAUGUUGACAUUUUAAAUGAAGAAUUCCUUCGUAGUCAGAAGCAUGAAGACAACUUUCUGGCCUUGGGGAUAGGAUUGGAUGGUCAGGAAUUCGCAUCUGAUUUUCAUCCUGAGAAUGAUACAACAGUAGACUUAGAUGAUGGAGAAGAUUAUGGAUUAGACGUGGCCAAACAUUCCACCCCAGAUGAUGAACGAAGCAGUGAUUCUGGUUUUCGAGAUAAAGGCAGUUUAAGUGAAAGUUGUGAAGAUGCUUGUGAUGAGAAAUACAAUCUUGAAGAUAUUGAGGCUGAACUGGAGGAAACUUUUAAUAAAGGUGGUUUCAAUUAUGUUGUUAAGGGUCUUAGUGGAGAUGAAGAUGACUUAGAGCAUCACACAAGCAGUGAAGAACUACCUCAUGAACAUCUUGCAGACCCUGAUGAAGUAGCUCCAAGUGAUAAAGACAUCUCAAGUACUGAUGCUGACAUCUCUCGAAGUGCCAGUGAAGUAACUGUAGAAAAGAAACAACCUGACAAUGUGAUUGGCACUCAUCUUUCUCCCAAUUCAGAUGUAGGAGUAUUAAGUAUUUCAGAAGAAACAAGUAAUACCGUAAUAAGUAGUGAUAAAUGUGAUAUCAUAGAUGCAGAAAAAAUUAUUCUUCAGCAUGUUUCACCCACAGGGACCCCAGAUCUUUUGAAUAUAGAAACCAAUGACACUCCAAUGCCAGAUGUUACCUCUCCACAGGGGUCUACAAACAACAAAGUAUCUUAUUCAACGUGUGAAUUAAAUCCCUAUGACAAUCAAGAAACAUUUGACAGUGAUCUAAAAUGUGCUAUGUCAGAUGGAUUUGAUGUUGACAUUCAAUCUAGAUUUUGUCAGGAAAAAGAUCUUAUGCUUGAUAUAGGUCAGACUGAAUUUAGAGCUUUGUCUCCAGAACAGUCACCUCUUCCUAUGGACAGUGGGGAAAAUUCACCAGUUAAAAAGGCAGGUUGGUUCUUGCAUCCUCAAGCAGGUAUUGAUUCUGGUGGAGGAAAUUUUGAAGACAAUUUAGAUGAUGUGUUUAUGAGUCCUAAAAGCACCAGCUCGUCUGUAUCAAAUGCAGAUGAUGUUGCAAACAAUGAAAAUCAAUAUGAACCCUUUAGUCUCAAUGAAGAAUUUGUUGCUGCCAUUCGAAAUGAAUUGCAAGAAAAAUUACCUUGUGCCCGUCAACAAAAUCAUGAUGACCUUCAAGAUGAUGGUAUUCUAGAACCAGAAGAUGAGACCUCCCAAGAUGAAAGAACAGAUGUUACCAUUCAUUACAAUGUUUACCCGCCUCCAUUAUCCCCAAUUCUUGAGGAGAGAGAAAGUGUAAGUUCCAUUACCACUACUUUAAGUGACAAUUUUGUAUCCAGAGGAGCACAGCAACCAGAAUCAGAUUCUGAACCUGCUAGCCCAGUGUUUGUACUAGAUACUGUAGAUAUUGUAAAUGCAGAAGCAGAUGCAAAGAGAUUUGAAGAAGAAAUUCGCGAAGCUUUAGAAAAUUGCAGCUUCAGUAGUGUAGACACAGAUAGUUUUAGUGAUAAGGACCAGAAGAAUAAAAGUGUACUACUUGAAGAUCUGGAACAAUCUCAUGAUGAUCAGCCCUCUGGUCCAGCAAGUGAAAACACGAAUUCAAAUAAUGUUACUAUUGUAAAAAGUACUUCCCCACAUUCUGAAUUUGAUGAUGACUUCCUUGUUAUUGAUACAGAAACCAAUCAAGCCACUUUAUUAGAAAGUCCAAAACCAAAAUCACACUUGGCUUUUAUUAAGAAACCAAUACCAUUGCAAGAAGAUCAAAUUACUGAAGAUUCUUCUCCUUCUGAUGUAAAAGAUGAAUCACUUGUUGUGAGCAGUGAUGAGUCAAUUCAAAGAUGUUUGAAACUUGAAGUCGAUCCUGACACGUGUUUGUCUGAUGAUGAAGCAUUCACUCCUGAUAGUAUUUCUCCUCGACAAGAUAAACAAAUUAUUUUACAAGAUUGCAAGAAGGUGCAUACUAUAAAUCACCAGAAUGAAGUUCCUAUUAGUUCUUCAGAGAAGUCUUCUGUCAGUAUUGAUAGUAUAGAUCUGCCUCAAUCUCCUGGUGGUCCAACUCCAUAUUUGUAUGCUUCCAGUAACUUAAAUUGUCCACAGUUCCAAAGUGCGUCACUUGAUGUGGUAGAAGAAAUUUCAAUUGGCGUUGCUAAUAAUGAAGCAGCAGAAAUCAUAACUGAACUACAGAAUAGUGGUAUUAUUGCUCACUGUCAACAUCAAGAUGAAGAGGAUAGGGAAGAGGAAGAAGAAGAAGAAGAAGCAGAUGAAGAUGAUGGAAAUGAUGAAGAGGAGAAUGAAGAUAAUGUUCCUAUUGAACUAGAAACAAGUACAAAAUUUACAUGUGAGGAUUCAUCUAGAACAGAAUCAGAUGAUGAAGGAUCAGAAGGUGUAUCUGUAGAAGAAAGUUCUGAUUCCUUGAAAUCUCCAGAAAUGUGUACAGGGAAGAAAAGUUUGUCACUAGAUCUAUCUUCCCUACAGCAAGGCAAUGCCCUGAAGAGAUUUCAGUCUCAUGACAACAUUUGUGUCAAUAACCCUCCAGAUGGUCUACAGUGUCAGCCAUCCACCACUAUUGAGGUCACAGGCUGUGAAGAUGAAAAAGAAAGUAAUUUGAGACUAACUGACACUUUAGAUUUAUUCAAGAAAAAGAAAAAUUUGCAAAUGGAGGAAGGACCUAGUGACAGGGAUUGGAGUGUUACUAACCUAGAGGCAGCUCUGCUGAGCACCAAAGCACCCAUGCCUUCUCCUGAAGAUGAAUCUUGGAAACAAAUUCCAUCUAUGUUAGCCUUCUCUGAUUUGAAUGAAAUGAUGUCUCGAUGCAACAAUGAAGAUGAUUUUACCGAAAGCUAUGCAGAAGCAACCAGUCCGGGUUUCCCCUCCCAUGAUAAUGAUGAAGACCUCAUGUCAACGUCAUUCAGCUUAAAGGAUUCAGAAGAUAUUGGAGACUGCUACACACCUGAUUGGGAAAGUGAAGAUGAUACCAAUGAAGAAGAUAAUAAUUCAUCAUCCAGUGGGGAGUUCAUCUGGAAGGAGGGUGAUAAAGAGGCAUCUGUCAAGGCUGUUGAUAUCCAAGCUUCUGGUGGUGCCUCAAAGCCAUUUGAGGGCCACUCGGAAUUUGGAAUGGAAGUUAUUGCAGAGGAAGAAGAAGAUGAAGAUGAUGAUGAAGAGGAUGAUGGUAGCAUGAGCUCUGAGAGUGGAACUGAAUUUAUUCCUUCUGCAUGGAAUAGUGAAGCAACUCCUAAUAGGUCCGCUCUUCGGAGCCCAGAUAAGAAACAGGAAAUUGAUGACUUAUAUGAACAAAAGAAAAAUGUGUCUUUCAAGAAACAGAAAUAUCAUUGUGUGUAUGAAUAUCCCCGAGAGGCCAGUGAUUCUGAAAGUGAAGGCACUGAUUCACCUUCCCGAAGACGAUGGGAUUUGUAUCAGCCUGAUGUAGAUUAUGCUAGUUACGCAGACUGGGAGCUGAUGGAAGGGGAUGUGGCUGAGUCUUCAGGGCCUGACAUAGACACGGACCCUGAGUUGCCCCAGGCCCAGCCGACUCAGACCUUUGACUUCUACAAGCUCAGCAAUGUGGACUGUGACCUUAGUGCUGGUGUAAUGUCGGAAGAUGGAGAGUUCUACAUUAGCAGUUCUGCUCGCCCUUUCCAAUUCAGUGGGACAAACACUGACAUGUUUGGAGGGAAUGGGAGCGAGUUCUUUCCUGGUCAACUGUAUCGGUCUUCAAAUGAUGAAGAUCUUUCAGCUCCUCCCACAGAAAUUGCAGAUGUUAGUUUAGAGUUCCUACCCUUUGAAGUGGAAAUUGAUGGUAGAGAUGAAGUUUCAAAAUGUAGUGAAGAAACCAAUGAAAAUUCCUCAAAUAUGAAAGAGGAAUGCAGUGACAAUCAUACAAAUGCUACAGUUAUGCUAGUUGAAAUCCAGCAAGUUUCUCCUGUGACUGAAGAUAUACCAAAUGAGUGUGUCAUUGAUGAUGAUCCGGGAGAAACAUGUGUACAAAAUACCUCAACAAAUUUUACGAAGGAACCAGAAUCACCUGGUUCUCCUCUUGAUUCAUCUCCUACAUCUCCAUUAUCCCCAACUUCAGGACUCGGUGAGUUGCGACAUACUAGAGACAGGUUGAAACUUGACUUGCCAACUUCUGGUUCAGCAUUUGUUUUGGAACCUCCAGCUUUGAAUAAGCGUCGUUCUGUUGAAACAAUAAAAGGUGAAGCUUCUCUUCUUGACAGUGGAGAAGAAACAGAAGAUAGUGGAAUUGAAUCCAGCAAUGGUACAAACUCUUCUAAAACCUCUAAACAUGUUGGAACAUUGUCUAAUAUUGGUGUUAUGAAUUCUGGUAAAGUGUGAAACUACUUCAUGCCUGUCCCAUGCUUAAACAGGAUGUGUGUAUAUGUAGUAAUUCUUGUAAUUUUUGUUACAUUUAAACAAGAACCAUAUUGCAGGUGUAAAAUGCAAUACCAUUUUCACAUAAUAAUGAAGAACAGAACAUCAGAAUCAGUCUGCUUUGGAUAUUCAUGAAAUAUUUUGUAUCAGUGAGUCAAAUUGUGGUUAGUGGCAUCUCAUUUGAUGUCAUACUUAAAAUGAUAUAGGACUCUUGAAUACAUCUGGUACCGUAGAUAAUUUUUAGAAAAUUUGUAACAUAAUAAAAAUGAAAGAAAUGGAAAGUAUCAUGUCGUACUACAUGAUAAAUGUCAGAAUAGCAGGAGAUGUACCCCAUGUCCAUAAGAAAAUGAACUGUUCUUCAGGGAGAAAUAUAUGUUGAAAUGCACCCAGCAAGCACACAACCUUAACAAAGAUUGUGUUGGUGACAGUGGGCUUCUUUACAGUAAAAUUACAAAUCUUUGCUUAAUUGUGAUAGUUUACAAGUAGACAAACUGAAAAAUGCAGCUAUGAAGAAAACAGUCUAUUGUCCUUGCCUCUGUCACCCACUAACUAUAUUUCUACUGUAAUGUGCAACCACUGAGCAACGACAGAAAAUAUUACUGUCACUAGUUAGGUGGCCUGACUUGUGGUAGACACUCUUAGUCUGUGAUAGAGAUUUUCUCUGAAGUUGAGUUUAAAAGAAUUACAUGAUUUGUUGUUUUACAGAGAUAUUAUAAAAUACUUAUUUACAUUUGGGGGGGUACUAAAAAUACAAUACAUGUUUAAUUAGAAGGAAGAUACGCUUUAAGGACAAACAGAAGUGAGUGUAAAUAGAAAGUUCUAUGGUUUGUAUGGAGAAGGAGAAAAUACAGUCCUUGUUUCAGGGAAAUCUUCCACAUAUCUAUAUUUUGCUGCACAGCAGGUACUACAUACAUGCUUCUCGCAAAGUAUGUGUGUAUGAAUUCUGAGCUCAUAACAUUCCAAUAUUGUAUCACUAGUAUACAACACAUCUGAAAAUGAGCAAUAACAGUAUAAAUAUUUCAUGUUAAUUCUGGUGUUACACGAAAAAAUAUUUCAUAUUAUUCUCUUCAGUAACCCUCUUUAACUUUAUCUGAUGGUAUAGGAAGUUGGCAUACUUUUCCUCUCUGCUGUCACUGUAUUUUAGUAGCAUUUAUGAUGCAAGACAUCAAUAUGCUACAAAUAGCACAGCUGACAAUACCGUUAAUCUUCGCAUGCAUACUAAUUUUUGGUCUUUGUACAAAUUAGAAUUACACAUAUGUAUAUCAUGUCUCUAUUUUUCUAUUUAUUCAAAAUCGUACGUACCCAUUUGUAUAUAUAUAUAUAUGAACUGUCUGUGCAUCAGCACCCAAAUUUUACACUUAUAUUUCAUGUACUACCAUCUGUUCACUAUGUAAAUAUUGCAGUUGGUAUUUUACCAGUUCAUGGUACAAAUAUUGAUUUCAAAGCAGAUUUAUUUUUAUUAUGCUGCAUUUACUUGCAUAAUUCUUACAUUAUCAAAUUUUGUGUUGUUCAUGGUAGCACCUUAGAAACUGUUUCUUAUGUUAUUGUUAUUCAUAAUGGAUGCCUUAAUUGUAUAUUUAUUUAUAAAAAAUAAUCGAAAAAGUUAGUGGAGCUGAAAAAGUAUAGAGUGGGGCUGCAUUAUUUGUAAAUAUGUAUAGUUGUAAUCCAUUAUUUGAUGAUAAAUGUGAUAGUUAUGUCAGUAACUGCAGUUCUUUCUGAAAAUGUAACAUGGUGUAUGACAUGUUGACAGUUGAAUUUAUUUGGGAUAGUGAAAGAGUGUGUGUUACGCUUUAUGAGAAUAAGUUUCAUUAUUUUCUAUAUUUUGUUAUCCUCUACCUUUUUUCUCUUAGCUCUUAUAAUGUAAUAUGUAUGUGUGUAUGUAUUGGCUUGUGUAACAUCAAGUGACUCAACAAAUUUUUUCCAUUUACUUUGCUUUUUAUAAAUAAUUUAUGUUUGUUCAUCUGUUCUCAUUAUGUAAACAUAAAAAUAUUUUUUAUCACUUUGCAUUCUCUUAAUAUGUACAAUUUUCAAAAAUGACUUCCCUGAAAACGUUUCUGCAAAUUUUGCUGAAUCAAUAUUAUAUUCUAAUUCGAAUGUAAAAAAAAAGUUAUUUAUUUCGUAAAUUGAUCCAAACAUUACUUACCCUGACCAGAAAUUGAAUCCAGGUCUCCUAGUUUAUACUCAUUUGCUCUCUCUGAGCUAACCAAUACUUUGAACAAACUUUAGGUCCAUAAUAUUGCCCAUGUAUUUGAAAUUCUAUUGUCACCAUUCUGAUACUUUUAUAGCUGGGGUAGCCUUAAAGGUAAUAGAGUAGUGACAAUUAAAAGUAGUUGCUUCGAUGGUGUGAGAUAAAAUUGUCUUCUUUGUUCCAUCACUUCUAGUUCUUGUCACAAAUCAAUAUUGAAACUUAAUUGUUAUUCUUCUUUUUCUUUUGGGGAAAAACACACUCAUCUGCAUUGCUAGAGGAAAGUCAUGAUACAUUUCAUUGUUUGUAUCUGUAAAAAGUUUCCAAAAUUGUUGAACAUUUGUUGUUGUUGAUGUUAUUGCCACAUCUAUUUCUGUUGAAAAAUAAUUUAAAAAUUGGAUUCAGUGCAUCCUUUUGUAUUACACGCUAGUGAUUCAAGGUCUGUAUUGCAUUGUUUAUACAUUACAGUAGUGAUUCUAAUAUUGUUAUAUUAAAAUUAUAAUCAUAGUUAUCUUAAAUAACUUUGUACAUGUCAGUAUAAUUAUAGUUAGUUAAUAACUCCUUCUGUUUUUUUUGAUGGACAACAGUCUUCAAAACAUUUCCCUGGAGAUUCUAUGUUGUGCAUUAGAAUAUCUGUAUUUUAUCUUUUGACAUUAAAAUCUCAUCUUUUGUUGUACAGUUUUGCCAGUAGUUGUUGGUCAAUUCAGACUUUUUGUUCUGUGUUAAAUAGAAGAGUAUAUAAUGAAGCCGUCCAAUUUGUGGGUGCUGAAAAAUAUCUAAGGAUAUUUGUUGGAGUGCGUAAUGAUGAGACUGCAUAUUACGGCAUAGUUCUUUGAUCUUCAAAAUGUUGGUAUACUUAUUUAUAUCAACAUUAAUCAUAAAUUUUGUGAAUCGUCAAUCUGUAAGCCAAGUAUCUGAUCAGAUUAUUUUAGUUAAAAUAUUAUUUCCUUCCAAUGAUAUAUUUGCAAUACAAAUAUAUAUCUUUGAUUGCAUUGUAUAAUUUAUUUCUAUAAAUUACGAUUUCACACAGGUUAGUGGGCAUGCAAGUUUAUAUCUGGCCUUGCGAUUGUAUCCAAGUUCAUUCAAAUAAAUGUUUGCUUAUGUUCACAAUUAAAUUUAAUACUGCCAUUAAUUUUCUUUCCUUGGAAAAUUCAUUGACAAUGAGAUUUGCCUCAUAUUUUAGUGAUGUUAAUAAGAAUUCUCUUUAAUACCCCUAAAGGAAUGCAAGGAGUUAUAAUUCCUUUAUGAACAAAAAAAAAAUGUGAAAGUUCUCAAGAAUUGUCUUAAGAAGUAUAUUACAAUCAAAGAAUGAUAAAGUGAAAAGUCAGCUAUCUUUUGAGUCAAACUAUUUCCUGGAGUUAGAUUGAGUGAUGUUUUGUGUUUUUUUAAAUUUCCAUUUGAAUUUCUUUUUAGUGCAACUAUUUUGAUUUUAAAUAUUUAAUUAAAUAUGAAUUCACCUCCCUUGCUUUGCCAUUGCAUACAUUCACUUUCUUUCAGGAGAGUUAAAAAGUCAAAACUUGCAUAUAUUAUAUGCAUUGACUCUUUACUCACAAUCAGAAAUAAUUUAUUUUUGUAUAAGAAAUCAUCAUGGAGUUUUUUAUGGGUGUAAUUUACUUGAGAUGUUUAUUUAAAAAAGUAAUCUUACAAGGUAUACUGAAAGUAUUUUGCAAAAAGAUACCAAUAUUACCAAACAUUCAUGAACUAUUCCUUUUGUUUUACUUUAAGUUUAAAUAAAAAUUAGAAAUAAUCAGAAACAUAAUUAUACUGUAAAUUUAAUGGUUUUGUUGAGAUGGAAAAAGUAUAAUUAAGAAAGAGAGUCUCACUGAACUCGGUUUUGCAGUCUUUGAAAUAAAGGCAGAUGAACAGAUUACAAUAUAUAGGACUUUGCUAUUCUGUACUAAUUUGUUAAUUUAUUAAAAAUUAUUUGUUAAUUGGUUUUACUUUUUUAUGCAGGGUAUAUUUUGGAAAUGUAAAUGCAAGAAUUCACAUUUAGAAUAAUUUUUAAAGAUAUUUGUACAGAAAAUGUGUACAGAAUGUACAAAGUGAUUGAAUUUGAACUAUUCAUGGUGAUUUGGUGAACGUUUUUAUGAAUCUUUGAUAUUAUGUGCAGUUUCAGAAUACAUAUAUAAUAAGCUGAAUGUGAAAUUGAUUGUGUAUUUAACAGUUAUACACAUCAAGUUGACCAGCAACACAUGUCAAAAGCAUUUGUAAAGAUUUUGAUUUGCUUGUUUACAUUUUUGGUAAACUUUCUUUUUAAAAAUAAGGAGUAUAGUGAAUAAUCUUAUUUAAUGAAAGAUCAGAUUAUCUUUAAUCAUAAAUUAUUAGAACACAAAAUACCAUGUUUACAUUUGUGAAAUCCAGUUUCCUCAUUUGUUAGAAGACUUUUCCUCUUUUUUGCUUCAUUAAUGAAAGCAUGUACAAAGGUUUCUUGAUAAAAUGUUUGAUAAAUGAAUAAAAUAUGGAACAGUGACAAAACAUUCCUGAAAUAAGAUUCUGAAACAAUGAAAUUUGUUUCUGAAUCUUCAAGGGUAAUAAAGCAUACUACUCCUUUUAGACCACAUCUGAAUUAAGAAAUAUUUCUGCGUACAUAAUUCAGAAGAUUUUAAUUUAUUUUUUUAUUAUGUUAUUCUGAAACCUACAAACGAUGGUGCAACUUUGAUGAAAGAAUUUUACUUUUAGGAGAUUCCCAAUUUAUUACACCAGUACCCCUUUUGGGUGAGGAGUCCUUUCACAUAUUAAUGAUUAGCAAACAACUCUUGUUCCUUUGAUCUAUUGAAUUUAUAUGAAUCAAAAUCAGUUUUAGAGAUUUAUUUAUUCUUUAAAAAAUCUUUAAAAGUCAAAUAAACAAGAAAAACAGUAAUAUUAUCGUUAAUGCCAGAUUAAGGAAGCAAAUAAAUGAAGAGUGGUACAUGGUUGGAUAUGUUUGGGAACCCUAUUUUAUGAAUUUGCGUUUCAUGCUAACAUCUUAAAAUUAAGGCUUAACAUGUGAUAGUGUCAAGUUAAUUUGUUGUUAAUGCUAGGUAUUACCCUUUUUGAAAAUUUCAGUAAAAAUUUUGUAUCUGUGUACAUAAAUAAGAACAUAAAAGAUGUCACAAAUGGUGUAGUGAAUGGUACUUUGAAAGUAAUUUGUUUUAACAUAUUAAUUGAUACACGUUUCUGCUGAUAAAUUCCAUUUGCUGUAUUAUUAGAUUAGACAUUGUGUUUUGCUAAUACACCAUUUUUCAUGAAUUAUUUUUACAGCUCUUGUCUCUGCUAUUAUUACGUGUGAAGUAUAAAAAGGACCCCAGAUUCAGAAUUUAUCUCCUGACAAAUUACCUGGAAUUAUUUAAAUUAUGAAUAUACAUAUAUUUAAUUUGUAAUUUGGUCUUUUAAUGACCAUGUAAUACUAGACUACUGUGUCCUGGCCACAAGACUUCUUCAGAUAUUAUAGUUAUAGUUACUUGGAGUGCCUCAUUUUCAGCUGGGUGUGUGGGAAAAGAAUAUUGCAGAACAGGUGACUUGGAAUAGUGCACAUACUGGCAUGUAAAUUUGUAUACAUACAGACAGUUUAGCAUAAAUAAACAAAUUUAUCGCUC